AUGUCGUCUAAUACACACAUCGACCUAUCUGAAAUAUUUUUCAGAAACCAACAACUAUUUCUUUAUUUUGGAUUUUGGAAACUAGAUCCCUAUUCAAAAUUUAAAUUUGUAUACUCGUUCUAUACUUGCUUCGGUUUCGGUUUGAUCAUACUAUUUUUGUUGCCGCUAAUUCUUCACAUGAUAGCCAAUGCGAAUGAUAUUAUGGAAGUGAAAUGUAGGAAGCAUUUUGAAAUAGGCAAAAAAGCAGAAGCUUUUGGACACAGUCUCUUUUUCUUUGGAAUACUUUUAGGUCUAUUUACCCAACUAUUUUGGUGUUUAAAACCGUUAUUCGAAAAUGAACGUACGCUACCGACUAAAGCAUGGUACCCGUACAACUCUUCAGUUACACCUUACUUUGAAAUAACCACUGGUUGUCAAACAAUAAGCAUAGCUUACACUAUUUUUCACAUCAUCAACAUAGAUUCUUUUGCUAAAAAUUUGUUGAUUGCUAUUGGUGCGCAGUGUGAUAUCUUAACGUAUACUUUGGAACAUUUAAAUCAGUUUGAAACUGUUAAAGGUGUUUUAAGAAUGAAAGAAGAUUCGUUGAAACUUUCUGACCAGAAAUUUACUAGGAAAAUGAAAGACAAUUUGAAGCAAUGCAUUCAACAUUAUGUUGAAGUUAAAAGAAUAACAAAAAUGGUUGAAGACGUAUAUCACAUUGCAUUUUUGGCGCUAUUUAUAGGAGGUGGUUUUAUUUUCUGUACGAUUUUAUACCAGUUAUUACGAAUAAAAGUUGGCAGUACUGAAUUUUUUUAUUUACUCUUCUAUUUCUUUGCUAUGUUUACUCAACAGUCAGGCUUCUGCUGGAUAGGCACAGAAUUAACGUUUAAGAGUAGCAGAAUUUUUAAUGCUAUACCUAAGAUCCCUUAUUGGCUGGAUUGCGACUUGGAAUUUAGAAAAAUGAUGGUUAUAGCUUUCCUUUCUGUUAAAGAGCCUUUAGUUAUACAUGCUGGUCGCCUUAUUCCACUUUCGAUACAGGUGUUUUUAAACGUACUUCGGACAUCUUAUUCCUAUUUUACACUACUGAGCAACAUCUAA